CAGCAGCGGAGCUUCCGAUGAAAAUAAAAAAUAGUCCAUUAGCAAAAACGGGGUAAAGGAGGGUAUCGGCGUAUGUUUUAGGCUCGUGGUGUCUUAUGGCAGUGAGCAAAUGAGAGCGUGAAUUAAAUCGGUGAUUAAUAAAGGUUCAGGACGCCGCGUUGGGUUCGCAGUCGGGUUAUUGGGGCGGCCUCCAAGGCCUCAGCCAGAGGAGUCUGAAGACCCGAGCUGCACGUCGCGGCGGUGCAGCACCUCCAUUAUCCAAAUCCGGCGAGCUCUCGCCGUUGUGUUUAACGUUUACCUCGACACCCGGCAAGCAUACCGGCGAUCAGCCGCCAGUUCCGACCGCCGCUAUUUGCUUGUUUGCAAACACGCCGUCCUACGCGUUUCAUACACAAGACUAACUGCAACUGAAAACAAGUCUGCACUGUGUGAGUGCGUUUAGUAUGUCAUCCGGGGCUGGAUCAAGUGGCACAGGACGAGGCCGUGGUUCGUCUCUGGCAGAUAAUAAACCAGAAAACAAGGAGGCAAAACCGAAUCCAAAAAUGUCUAAGGCACUAGGAACUUCUGCGAAAAGGAUACAAAAGGAACUAGCUGAAAUCACUUUGGAUCCUCCACCUAAUUGCAGUGCCGGGCCUAAGGGAGACAACUUGUACGAAUGGGUAUCCACUAUAUUAGGACCACCUGGUUCAGUCUACGAAGGAGGAGUAUUUUUUCUGGAUAUUCACUUUUCUCCCGAAUAUCCCUUCAAACCUCCUAAGGUCACGUUUCGAACACGCAUUUAUCACUGUAAUAUAAAUAGCCAAGGAGUAAUAUGCCUGGAUAUUCUGAAGGACAACUGGUCGCCUGCCCUCACCAUUUCUAAGGUUCUACUCUCCAUCUGUUCCCUCCUCACAGACUGCAAUCCAGCUGAUCCCUUGGUCGGUAGUAUAGCAACGCAAUAUCUGCAAAACAGGGAAGAACACGAUCGUAUAGCACGACUCUGGACCAAGCGCUACGCCACAUGAACAUUUAUUCAACUCUUGAAUUUGUCUCCUAUUAGCCUCAUGCCAAUGUAUCACCAGCUGUGAGCUCUCGUUGUUACCUGGCUGAUGUAAUCCUUAAAAUGUUUUAACUAGAACUGCUUAAUCGGGGCAGCUUUGAACAACAGCUGAGGUGUACAAACUUGAGAACAGCUAUCGGCGUAAAUGUGUUGUGCUUUUAUGUUGAAUUGAGUAUGUCAUGUGCCUAAGACGAAUGAGUGUGAAAAUGAACGAACAAACGAAGUAAUAAGAGUGAUCGAGUGUAUGUGUGAUUAAACUAUGAAUCGGCAUGAGCUUGGAGAAUUUCAACCCAAACUAUGACAAGCUAGUAUUUAAAUUGAUCGUAUUGGCAAACGAACAAUACUGUCCGAUUAUACUGAUACUUUUAGGAUAGGAGAGGUCACGAACUAUAAUAAUAUUAAAUGAUAAAAUGUAAGUAAAUACCUAGGUACUUAGAUAUUAAGAUGCGAAUAUAGAGGCCCAACUCUCUCACACCCCGAUGAUCAUACCUUUCGCCACCACCCAUCCAAUAUUUUUGUAUACGCUCAACUUUAAUAUUAUCAUCAUAUUUUUUAAUUAUUAAGGUAAUUUUAGAUUUUUCCAUCACUCAUCACUUAAUUGGUAUUAUUAAUCGUUGUGUAAAGACAUUGAUUUUACAAAAAUUACUUUAUCUAAGAAAAAAAAAAAAAAAACUGCCUGCCUGAAUUCAUAUGAGUUGUAUGUCAUCAGUGUAACGCAGUGUCGUCUUCAUCGCGUAGUUAACAGUGAUAUUCGUAAACCGUUCAAGUGUUUGGGGCCACUUGCUAAAAUCAUUGUAAUUGUAAAUAAAUAUUAUUUCCUGUAUA